AGCCCAGUCUUUCAGAACACAACAUAUCCUGUCAAAGCUGCUGACCCAUAUAAAACAUCUCAGUGCACCAGUGUACAAAUUAGUUAUUCACAAGUCUGAAGCUGAUGUGUAUGUAGGUGAAACGUGAGAACGUGGGAGAGCGCAGAGUAAAGUGUCCAAGUUAAACAUAGAACAUCUAAUGAACAUCCUUCCAGCACACCUUUCAUAUUACAUGUGUAAAAACUAUAAACUGAUAUUACAAAAUGACAUGCAUUGGGCUUCACUGUCAGUGAGUUAAAAAAUCUCACGAUUAGUAUCUACAGUACUCCAGAUUUGUAUCUACAUCAAAAUCAGGAAGUUCAAAACUUUCUCACCAGCCUAUAUAAACAGAAGAAGAUUAGAUGCAGGGUUCAGACACUUGCAGUCCUUUGUGGACCAGCUCUGAAGAGCCAAGAAGACCUUACAGUUUUAUUCAGAAGAUGCAACUCUCGUUGGUUUUCAGAGUUGUGCUGCUGCUUUACCUGUUCGCCCUGUUAUUAAAUGGCGCUGCUUCUGAGAAAAAGUCUAAAAGAAAAAGAAAAUCAAAAUGUCAAAAGAAAGGAAAGUACGUCAACUUGGAUCCAUCUCUAAGCCUCUCAGUGAACGUUCCCCCGUCUCCAAGCAGAUCUUUGUCACCAUGGACAUACGAAGAAUCCUAUGACGAUUCACGAAUCCCGUCGAAAAUCUCUGAGGCGAAAUGUGAAAAAAAGGGCUGUUUAACCAAAGAUGGCGAGGAGGACUUGGGGCUUGAAUCUAAACCCAUCUACUACCAGAUCAACAUCUUGAGGAGAGUGAAGUGCAAAAACACUACGCGCUACACGCUUAAACUGGAUACUAAAAUAGUUAGUCUGGGCUGUACAUGCGUUUUCCCUGUUGUUGUGCCUCAGAAUUAGUUCUAUGCUGUACUCUUAAUCUUAAUGUCUAUUUCUAUAUUGUUGCAUUAAUCUGCUUAUAUACAUACAGUAAACAUCUUUGUAUUUAUUAUCUUGAUUAAUAAAAUAUUACUAACUUCUUUUAUAGUUUUGUCAUUUGUUUCACUGCAAUAAUUGUAUGAAUAAGAUGCAAAAAAAACAAAAAUCUUUAGUUUAGUUAAGAGAAGCAUUUAUUUGACUUUAACUAGAGAAUUUAGUCAUCUGGAAAUUACA